AUGAGCGAGGAUGGGCAGGAUGUGCGGGCGUUACGGCGCGGCUUUGAGGCGGUGACACAAGGCACGCGGCGGUUUGGGAGCCGCGACGAGGUGCUGCGCUUCUAUGCUGCCCCGCUCGCGCGGCUAUUUGGACGGGACCCGCUGGGUGCGCUGCAGGCAUUCGGGUCAGAAGCGUCGGUCGAGGUGGACGUGUUGCUGGUUGAGGCAAUGCAGGAGUCGCUGCUGGUGCGACUGGGUGUCGACUGGGCAACAGCGCUGGGUUCGGCGUGGAAGACGCUGCUGGAGCUCACGUUCUUUGGGUCGGCGGCCGAGUCGUGCGCGAGGCAGGCAGGGAUGGUACAGCAGUGUGCGCUGCGAACCGUGUCGCGCGUGUUGGCGACGGCAAGUGGCGAGACGCUCGAGCAGACGGUGCAGCUCUGUGUCGCGGCAAGGGAGAGGAUCUCGCUACGCGCAAUGGUGGCGGCAGUGGCGGCGGAACCCAACCCGGCACGCGCGCGCGUAGCGUGGACCGAGGCACUGCGGCUCCUCGGCGCGCUGCCGGACAGAGUGGCGAACGCUACCAAGGGAGAUGUGCCCCAGGCGCUCAGGGGCGAAUGCUGGAUCGAUGCAACGCUCGUGCGCGGGCUGGGCGAUGCUCUGCAACAUGCAAACGACAAGAACGAGGUCGAGCUGCUCAGAGAUGUGCUCGUCAGGCUGGAUAGGUUGGGACAUCUGUCGCGUGCGGCCGACUCGAGCACCACCGGGUUCUGGCCAACGCUCCUCCGUACAACAGCGACGAAGAGCACAACGACAACUCAGUGGGCGAAACUACGCCGUAUCGCGGGAAGCAGCCUACGCAGACGUCUCGACACGACGCUGCUGCAGACACUUCAACAUGCAGCGAUGCGCGGGCUUGCAGGUACACUCGUUGCACCGACAGAGACGGGCAAGCCGGGUACCGAGGGAAGCGCGUUUCUCUCGUCCGCAACCCACGCCGUCGUAGCCGCAUCCGCCCACGUCUUGGGUCUCUUUAUUCCGCCCGACUCGCCCGCCGACUCGAGCGACUCGGACACCGAUACCGAAGCCCUGCACUACGUGCGCACGUUCAACGGCACCGCGCUCAGCCGUGUCCCGCAAAGCCCAGUGCUCGCGUGGGCAUGGGCAACCUACCUCCUCUCCGCGCCCGCGCGUGAUCGGCUCGACUGCCUGACAGCCGCAUUCGAGCGCUGGACCGACGCGACGCGUCUCGCGCGCGCGCUCGUCGACGAAGAGCUGUUCCUCUCCGCCCUCAUCGUGUGCAUUCUCGCCUCGAUCGCGGCAGGCAGUCAAGAGCUGGAGGACGCGUUGGUGGCGGUGGCGCACUCGCGCGCCGUGCUCGACGGGGUGUCGGAGCACCUGGCACACGCUGACCCGCUCGUGCGCCGCACGGGUAUGCUGGUGGGCGAACUGCUCAGCGAGCGCACUGCGCGUCCCGGGGGUAAGACGCUCAGCUUCGGCGCGGCCAUCUGGAACGGCACCGGUGGGGGCCGCGAGGAAGCGCGUGUGCUGCGCGCACUCUACCAUGCCUGGUCGCACCAUUCGGACGCCAUCGCAGCACGCGCCGCCACGGUCAAACACGACAGCGUCGCCGUAGAUACGCUGCUCGGGCCCCAGCAGGUGGUACCUGUAUCAACAGCGCUUGUCGCAUUGGGAGCGGAGAGGAAGAAGUCCGACGGGCCAAAGACGAGACGACUGCCGCAGAGGGUGGAUGCGAGAGACACGCGCACCCGACCUCUGAUCAGUGUGAUUGGGGACUCGGGCGACGAGGCGCCGCUCUCGGUCUCGCCGCCACGCCAAGGGCCAUUGCGCAUGUUCUCGGCCCCGGUUCGACCGCAUACUCCGAGCGAGUCCUCGUCGUCCUCAUCCGACUCGGACAGCGACGCGGACGGUGCGGACCAGCACGAGAUGCACAAGCUCGCCGCCGACCUAGCUGGAGUGAGCACCGACGACGCUGCGUCGCUGUUCGCCUCUGCCGCACCCUCUUCAUCCCGCACUUCGGCAGGGGUUGGCGAUAUGGAUGCGGACCGGGAAGCGCAUGCGCCGCAGUUCGAGCGGCGCGUGCGCGCGCCCGUGUACGUGUCGCAGCUGGCGCCUCUGCUGAAGACGUCGUCGCGCGCGUCGGUGCGGAUGGGGCUGCGGAGUGCAGCGGCGCUGGUGACGCGCAAGGCCCCCACGCGCACGUUUGGCGGCGAGGUGGAUGAGAACGCCGUCGACCUCACGCUGGCGCUGGCUGCGCUGCACGACAACUUUGGCAUUCGACGGUUCGAGCAGAUGCGGCGGGAGGCGCUGGUCGAGGUGGCGUGUGCGGCGCCCGUGCGUGUGGGGGGCGUGCUGACCGAACAGGUGUUUGGGAGUCAGUACAGCGGCGUACAGCGCACCGCGAUGCUGUAUGCGCUCACCGAGGCGGCGGUACGGUUGUCCGGGAAAGAGCAGCAGGGAGAGGCUGGGCACAGGGCAGAGGCGGUAGCCGCGCGUGUCGUCAGCGAGACACGGCGCGUGGGCGAACAGCGGGUACCCCAACUGCGACGCGAACGGAACUUGCGACUCGACACAUCCCGGUCCGCACUUGUACAGGAGAUCCGGCCCGGCACAUCGCUUGGCGUCGCUUCGGACGGGCAGGGAUGGGCGGCUGUGGCGGCAACGUUUGUGUUUCCGUUGCUGAACCGGUACCUUGCGUAUCAAGCACUACCCUCUCGCGGGUCGCUCUUCGAACCGGACUCGCUCGCACUGCUGUUCGAUACGCUCGGCGUACUGAUCUCGCUGGCGCCGGCUUCGGUGCUGCGUCCACUCGGCCCGGUGCUACUCGAAGCGCUAGGCACGCUGCUUAUCUCGCCCUCGGCAGGGCCCGAGACAGCCGCAGCACUCAGCGCACUCGCCAUCUUUCUGCACGCGCAUCUCGAGCUCGACGGUGCGGCGUCGCUGCUCAACGACCGCACGAGCGUGCGCAUGCUCAAGACGCUCCUGCCGCGCGUCCAGAUGCUCUUCACCCAGCUCAAUGCGCACACGGGCGGGACGCCCGCCAAAGUCGCCGCUCGCGCUGCGACCGUGCUCCUCCAAAUGGACCAGCUCGACCAGGCCCAGACCCAAACCAUCCAAAACGCACUCGGCUUCAUCCCCACCUGA